AUGAGCACUCCUGCACCCCCCGAUUCAUCGUCGGGGGGCCCCCCUGGGGGCCCCUCAACAUUUGCUGCAGAACUAAGUGGGUUUGCUGUUGUUACAAGCGCUACAUUUAUAGAUGGAGAGUGUAAGCAGAUUGUCUGCGAAGGAAGCGCUGAAGAGCUUCUAAGAGAAGAGGGAGAGAGAGAGGGGGGGGCCCCUAUUAGAGAAGGAGAAGAAGAGAAGAAGAAUAAUACUCUUAGUCGUAGCUUAGCUGCUGCUGAAAAGACUAUCGUGCCGUUUCUUGCUGCUGCAGCAAAAGAAGCAGCAGCAGCAGCAGCAGCAACAGCAGCAGGAGGAGUAAAGGAAGAGGAAGAAGAAGAUAAUGUUGCUAACGACCGGCUAGGGCUCGAUGAAGACUGA